UCCUCUUGGCAAAAACGAAACAAUCAUUUGCAAUUUUGUAUCACCACAUUCCGCAGGCACAUGUCUGAAAUAGGUGGUCAAAGUCCCAGCAGGUAUCGAGUAGUGUUCGCCCUCGAACCCAAGAAAGUGCAGAGCUUCCUCCAAAACUCCCUAAUUGACCAUGCCAAAAAUCACGCCAUUGAACUCAUACCAAUCGACCUCACCACAGCCAUACACCAACAACUCCCAUUCCACUCCAUCAUCCACAAACUGCACUCCCCUCAAUGGACCCAACAACUCCGCCACUUCUCCCUUCACAACCCCUCCAUCCCAAUCAUCGACCCACCCGACGCAGUAGAUCGCCUACACGACCGAGUCACAAUGCUCGACUCGGUCCCCAAACUCUCCCUCCAAAACGACGUCGUUUCUGUUUCCGUCCCCAAACAAGCCGUCGCAAACGACGAGAGAACCGCCAUCGAGGGACUUGAUUCGGUGAACCUGCGGUUCCCGGUGAUAGCGAAGCCCUUGGCAGCCGACGGGAGCGCGAGUUCCCAUAAUCUAUGCUUGGUCUUUGACCGUGAAGGGUUGAAAUCCCUAAAUUACCCUGUGGUGGUGCAAGAGUUCGUGAACCACGGUGGCGCGGUUUUCAAGAUCUACGUUGCGGGGAGGCACGUGACUUGCGUGAGGAGGAUGUCGUUGGCGGAUAUAACGGAGGAAGAGAUUAAGAAUCUGAAGGGGGCGGUGCCAUUCUCUCAGGUGUCAAACGUGAAGGGGUCACGUGAGCAGGAGGAGGAAGGGGAUGGUGUUGAAAUGCCUCCUGAGGGGUUGGUGAGUGAGUUGGGAAGGGGGUUGAGGGAGGCUUUGGGGCUUAACCUCUUCAACGUUGAUGUGAUUAGAGAUGUCAAUGACGAGAAAAGGUACCUCGUUAUUGAUAUCAAUUACUUUCCUGGCUAUGCUAAGUUGCCAUGUUAUGAGACAUUUUUCACCAAUUUCUUGUUGGAUGUUGUACAUGGCAAAAACACCGUCUAGGUGCUGCUAGCAGCAGAUGUUGUUAGCACUCUUGUCUAAUCAUUUUCUUUAAAAGCCUAAUUGGGCUCCUUUAGUGUUUUCUUUUCUCUGUUUUUUCGAGAAUAAUAACGUUGUCUCUACUUACAAAAUCCCCAUUUUCUCUGUUUCCCACCUUGUGGACAAAUAUAAAAUCAUUUCCGACUGGAGAAGGAAAAAAAAAAAGAAGACUUGGAAUAGUAAUAAUUUGAUUAUAAGUGUAUUUCUGUACAUCUUGGUGCUUAUCUUCAAUGGCGUCUGUCUUGAUAACGUGAUCAAAUCAGAGCUGCCAUUGGAAUCCGAUUCUGUGAUGAUGCAUGCACUUUAAUUGGAAGCUUUAUUUUACAAUGAAUCGACAAUCAACAUUAAGUUUUGUUCGAUUACAACUAAAAAGGAGCACAAAUGAAAUUCAAUGCCAUGUCUGGGUUCACUUUUAUUCUUCAGUCUCGUCCCUAUGCAUUCGCCCUUCACCCAACCACUUAAGUGUUAUUGGCUUAUUGCUAAUAAAUUUACUUACUGAAAU